AUGAAUGGGUUUUCGUACAAGGCGUCGUCGGGUCGCUGCUCCCGGGACAAAAAUAAACGUAGACUUUGUCGCAGCGCGUUAACUAAUCGCCGCACGGCGUUCACUGGCACAGUAGAUGCGUGCGCGUCGCGUUUCUCGUGCGACCGGCCCGCACGGGGAACCGUCUGGCGCCGUGGAAGAUCUGGGUCGCCUUGGGGCGUCUCUCAGCUUGCCCCGAUACCGCUACGCCGCUGUUUCAUCGGAAAGAAAUUAAUGCGGCCGUUUACGGUCAAACCGCGGACGGUU